AUGGAUACCAACCUUGGAGACCUGGCUUCAGUGGCGCAGGAUCCCAAAGUUGGAGAUGCCCGGCUGACAACGGCUGAUCUCUAUCGCCCCGAGAACAUCAUCGGCAACGACGAGAGUUCGGGCAAUUGCUACGCCAAAGCCUUUCACACGGAAGGCCCCGACCUCGCAGAUCGGUGUCUGGAGAUGGUACGGUUUGAAAAGUGCAACUGCCUUCAAGGUGUCCAAUUUACACACGCGGCCUGCGGAGGAACUGGGACAGGACUCACAGGCCUUGUGCUGAAGACCUUGCGCGACUACUUAGACAAACAGAGCAAAUGUGUGAUGCAAUCCUUUGUGUUGGCUCCAGCGCCCGGCAUGUCGGAAGUGGUCUUGGAGCCCUACAACUCAGCUCUGUGCUUUCAAGAUUUGCUGGAAUAUACCGAUCAGGUCUUCCUGUUCGACAACCGAGCUCUCACUGAAGUCUGUCAAAAGGCUUUGGAGCAAGACAUGCCCCGGAUGACUGACCUGAAUCAGGUGGUGGCCAAGUGUAUGUCAGGUAUUACCUCUUGUUUGAGAUACACCGGCCCCUUGAAUGCGGACCUUCGAAAGCUUCAAACGAACUUGGUGCCCUUUAAGAACGCGCAUUUCCUCAUCAGCGGGUUGGCUCCGCUCACCGCGAAAGCUUCAGAAAAAUAUCGAAAGAGCAGUGUGCUUGACAUUGCGCAGCAGAUGUUCUCGAAAGACAACGUGACGGUGAAAUGUGAUCCAUUGAAUCCCGGAGACGACUAUCACGGGAUCCUCAAAGCCCGCUUUCUGGCUUCCUGGGCCUCGUGGAGAGGGAACUACCAGACCAAAGAAGUGGACAAGGUCUUGUACGACUUUCAGAAAGACGGAUCCCGCUAUGACAAGUUCUUUCCGGAUUGGAUCCCCAAUUCGAUUGCAUCGAACAUUUGCCAGCCCAAGGGUGGAGACAAACAGGAUUCGGUGGUCUUUACCUCCAACAACACGGCGGUCCACGAGGUCUUUGAUCGAUGUAUCAAGGUUUGGGACAGCGUCUACAAGAGUCGCGCCUACGUUCACGUCUUCGAACAGGAUGGCAUCUCGGUGCAUGAUCUGGUGGAAAGCCGGCACGUGGUGCACUACAUCUCUGAUCAAUACAAGAAGUUUGCGCGCUGGGAGGAUAAGUUUUUUGAGCAGGAUGGUGAGAUGUACAUAAAGCAGGUGGAUUCCACGCGUCAAG